UAUGCUUAACCUAAAAAAUAAUAGAAUUUAGAAAUGAUUUUAAAUUGACAUUUGUUCAGUGUCUGGUUAUGUAAGGGGUGUUUUUUAAGGUUGUUACAAUAAAAUAGGACUACUAAACAUUUCGUAAUUAAAAAUGUCUCUCGGUUUUGUACAACGACGAUUUAUGAGUAGUGCACUUCAAAAAUUUGCUUAUAAUUUAUCAGGAUUUCACAAAUAUGGUUUAAUGAGAGACGAUGUCCUUUUCGAAAAUGAUGAUGUUAAAGAAGCUCUACGACGCAUUCCACAGAAGGUUAUUGAUGAAAGAAAUUACCGAAUGUUAAGAGCCAUGCAGCUAUCAUUACAAAAGGAAAUUUUGCCAAAAGAACAGUGGACAAAACUUGAAGAGGAUAAAUUAUAUCUCACUCCAAUCGUGGAACAAGUCAUCAAAGAACGCAAUGAACGAGAAGAGUGGGAAAAAGAUCAUUAAAUUAAAGUAGAAAACUAAAAAGUAGUCCUUAAAAUUUUAGUAAAACAUUA